CAUGGCGGCCUGAGGCGAGAGAGCGGGGCCGGGGCCGGGCGGGGGCAAAGUUUGGGGCGGGCCCGAGGCGGGGCCGAUCCGGGGCCGAACAGGCCGCAAAGUCACUGGGACCCCCGGCGGAGCCGAGCCCGACUGGAUUCAGAGAAGGAACUGGGAUAGAGGGACUACAUAGGAUGAAGCAGUGAAUCCUUGCUGAAGCAUCAGACAGCAGUAGGCCUGCACAGACAGAAUUGAGAGGCCAGAGUGUCAGUGGAAUGAGAGCGACCCUGAGAAAUUCAGUAAGAGUUCCUGGGAAGAGAAGUUCAGUUAAAGUUGAGCUGUUGGCCAGAUGCUGCUGGAUGCUGACAGGGGAAAGCUGAUUUGGAGGCAAGCGACCAGAAAUGUUUGGACACGUCGUGGUCGUCACUUUGCAUCUGGCAUCUGAGUGAGUGUCCCUGCUUCAUGCGGCUUCAAAUUUGAGCCCAGGCUGGUAACCCGCUUUCAGAGCCGCGCAGGUGGGAGGAUGUCGAGCACAGCUCCGUCAAAGAAGCCUUACCGCAAGGCGCCCCCGCAGCACCGCGAAAUCCGCCAUGAGGUACCCAUCAUUCGUGACGACCAGGACGGAGUGAUCUUGGCUGAGCAGAGUCAGGAACCCUUGACGGAUGCAGAAAGGAUGAAGCUACUGCAGCACGAGAAUGAGGAGCUUCGGCGGCGGUUGACAUAUGUGACGAACAAAAUGGAGGCGAUGGAAAGGGAACUGGAGUCAGGUCAGGACUACCUGGAGAUGGAACUGGGCCAGAACCGUGAGGAACUGGAGAAAUUCAAGGACAAAUUCCGUAGGUUGCAGAACAGCUACACUGCUUCCCAGAGAACCAAUCAAGAUCUGGAGGAGAAGCUGCAUGCCCUGGCCUCUCUCAGCCAAAGCUGGAUUUUUGCAAUUAAAAAGGCAGAAAUGGACCGCAAGACGCUGGACUGGGAGAUUGUAGAGCUCACUAAUAAAUUGCUUGAUGCCAAAACCACCAUCAAUAAGCUGGAGGAACUCAAUGAACGCUAUCGACAGGACUGUAACCUUGCAGUACAGCUGCUCAAGUGUAACAAGUCUCACUUCAGGAACCACAAGUUUGCUGAUCUUCCCUAUGAGCUGCAGGACAUGGUCAAUAAGCAUUUGCACAGCACUCAGGAGUCUGCAGGCCCUGGUCAAGAGGCAGCCCAUACCUUGGCACCAUCUGAUGUUGUGCCCACCUCAGUCAUCGCCAGAGUCUUGGAGAAACCAGAAUCUCUGGUUCUGAAUUCAGCCAAGUCUAGCAGUGGCAGCUGUCCCAUGGCAGAGGAUGUCUUUGUGCAUGUGGACAUGAGCGGAGCCCCUCCUGAUGCCUCCAACAGCUCAGGGCAGAUGGGAAAGGAGGGAGGAGAUGCGGGAAAACAGCAGAAUGGUGGCUGCAAGCCACAGAGUAGCAUGGAAAGUGCACCUGAGGAUGUGCCUGCCUUUGAGAAGCUAAGCCCAUAUCCUACUCCUUCGCCUCCCCAUCCUAUGUACCCAGGGCGCAAAGUGAUUGAGUUCUCUGAGGACAAGGUAAGGAUCCCAAAGAACAGUCCCCUGCCCAACUGCACGUACGCUACACGCCAGGCCAUCUCCCUCAGCCUGGUGCAGAGUGAAGAUGAGAGCUGUGACAGGCACCGGACGCUCCCCAGCAGCCCUGCUUCAGAGGGGCGCCGUUCAGCCUCCAGCUGUUCCUGUCAGCAGUCCCCCAAAGCAGCCAGAGCUCACGGAUCUUCCCAGAGCAGCCCAUUCAGCAGCCCUCCCCAAAUCCCGAGCGCCUUUGCCAGCUCUGCCAGCUCCGAGGAGGACCUGCUGGCCAACUGGCAGCGUAUGUUUGUGGACAAGGCACCCCCCACCUCAGAGCGAGUGCUGAUGAACCGCACUGCUUUCAGCCGUGACACAGCCCCCGAGCUCCAGAAAAGGUUCAGCCGCUCCAUGCAGGAGCUGGGUAGGGCAGCCUCGGCUUACUCAGAUGGUGAGGAGUCCGCGCAGAGCUGCAGCUGGACCGUGAGCCGGGACUCGAGUGUGGACACAGACAGCACUGAGUCCAGAGCCCGCAGGAGCCAUUUCUCCUCAGACUAUGGUACAGAUUUCUCCCAGGAUGAAGCCCAGAAGCUGUUGCAUGAAAGCGGUGGAGGCAGUGCUGAGCCCGAAAGCCCCUCACCAGAGAAGCACAAGGACUAUGUGGACCUUGGCUUGCCUGAGAGCCCAGCUGAGGAGAGAGAAAUACUGCUCCAGGGAAACAAGGAGAGCAACCAAGGAGGUGCCCAAGAGGAAAGUGGAGAAGGCAGGGUCAAGCCUCCCUUCAGUCGGGUGCAUCGCAGCCCCAAGAGGAUGGGUGUCCACCACUUACAUCGUAAGGACAGUCUGACACAGGCCCAGGAGCAGGGCAACCUUCUCAGCUGAGGCAGAGCAAGAAGCAGCCACACGCUGCAGAGCUGUGAGAUGCCUCCAUCAGUCCACCUGAAGGAGAAACCUCCCUUAAUACCCUCCUCCUGGAGGGAGUCUGCUCUGAAAUUUUAUAUUUAUUCUCUUCCUUUUGCUACCUGGAAGAGCUGAGGUCUCCCUUCCCUGGCACCUCAGACCCACAGUACUAGCACAUGCAGUGUGCAGAAGCACACCCACUGGCCCCAAUAUGCUCAUAGCUCUCUCCACAGCCUCACACUGGUGCCUGUACCAGAGCUAGUUCUUGGUACCCCUCCUCCUGGUGCCUGUGCCUCUUUACACUCUCAUCCUCCUUCCCCCUUCCCACUCAGGUACCUGAGGCCCUGGGUGCUCUUGUGCUGGUUGCCCACAGCUGCUCUGCUCUCUUUUAACUUGUGCCAACAGGGCAGAGUGCCUGUGUGGUAGUGUCUGAUUCCCUGGGAGCCCCAGGGGCCAUGAGUGGGGCACAAGGACUCUCCCAGCAGAUGGCUGUGUGCCGUGGGGAUGUGCUGGGAUUGCUGGUGUCUCAUUUUUCUGCUGGUUUUUGUUUUCCCCAGCUACCCAUGGGGUGGUUCUCCAGAAUCUGCCUCUGAAGAUUUCCAGCAUUGGGCUCAGCACCUGGUCCCCACAGAGGCAGCGGAUGGGUGCUGCCUGCUGAGGUGGUUCGGGGAGGCAUUGCCUGCUGGGUGCUGGGGUUUGUGUUUGUGUGUCUCCUCCCUCACACCUCUUCCCCUGCUAUCUGUGCUGUUGUUUUGUUUGAACAGUGCUGAUUCUUUGCUCUUGGGUGGGCUUCUUUCUUCUUUCCAAGCCUUUGGUUUUGGGGUGUAUUGUUUUUUCGUUCUCCCCACCCCGCAUAAACAGACACAGCCGUUGGCAGCCGGUCUGAUGCCUGCAUUGAGGGUGUGUUGAGGAGGCUCAGCUAUCAGAGCUGCGCUUCCCUCUGAUCCUGGCCUCCAGCCUGCAGAAACCCCUCCAGACUCAAGAACAAGGUCUUGCCCCAGGCAAGUAAGGCAUGAAGGGUGGUACCGGCUUUUCUGGGCAGGGCUUGGUGCAGGGCCAGCAGGGAUGCGAGGGCAGCAUGCUGAGGAGCUGCUCCCUGUAGAUGCACUACCUCAUGGCUCGGCAGUAACCCUUUGCCAUGGUCUCCUUGCACGCCCCCUUCUCUGGGGGCUGCAGGCUGGCUCUGGUGCCUCUCUGGAGUCUUCCCUUCUGGGUGGGGCUCUCUGGGUGUUUUUCCUAGCGUAGUGUGAUAUUGUGUGACUCUUCUUCUCAGUCUUGUGUGCUCAGUGUCUUCUUGGGGGGGGGGGAAGGGGAGAUGUCUGUAGAUGUAGGUGUUUUUUUGAGGGCUUACAGAGCCCAGGCCUCCUGUUUUAAUUUUGUCCUGUGCUCUUGUCUUUCUGGCGUUUCACUGCUCCCCUGGGAGUGCGAGGCAGAGAACAGCCCAGUUCCCUGCACCACACCCCCUUCAAACCCCACCGUUGGCCCUCAGUCUGCUGUCUGCUUUUUGAGUUGGGUUUGUGUUGUCCUCCCACCCUACACAAUGAGGGCUCUUCACUGGGCUGGAGGAGAGCACCCCUCUCUCCAUGAGGGAGCUUCUGUUCAUAUGCUUACAUCGAGAUGUACAGCUGAGAGCUGCCUGGGGGCCCUGCUCCUCUCCCCAAACCCCUGUCUCUGCAAAGGGCUUGCAGCUUGCAGCUGGGGCCAGCCAGGGCUUCAGCUUGAGCCUGGAGGCUCCAUGGCCAGUGAAAGGGAGCUGCAGGCCUCUCUGGCAGCUGUGUAGGCUGCUUUAUGUACCCUGGCUAGAGCUGCUGCCUACACACUCACCUUGUUUCCCGCCUCGAACAGUUGUGGAGCUGGAUGCCACCCUCUGGUGGGGAGGUGGGACUCAGUAUUUCACUCCAGUAUUUUUCUUGGUCCCUGUGCAGACAGGCUGGUGCUGAGAGCGGGAGUCUCCCCUGUCCCAGUCGUGGUGGCAGGGUCCUUGUGUUAGCUGUCAUCAGCUGCUCCACUGCCGCAUUUCUUCUGUUCUGCAGCGUUGCUGAGAGUUUGCACCUGCAGCAGCUGCCAGAUCCUGCCUCAUGGAUGUCACUUGGGAUUGGAUGCUCACUGAGCAAGCUGCUCCAGCUCUGAGGCUGCUGGUGGCCUGCAGUGGGGGAGGCAUUGGCCCUCAGGGCUCAGCCCCAUCUCCCCUGAAUCCUGGCAUGCUGGUCAGGGGACAAAACCCUCUCUUACUGAGGCAGCUGGUGCUGAUGGUGCUGGGCAGAGCCCGCCUCCCUCUGCUUUUGGUCAAGGUAGACUGAAAAGCAGAAUAGUGGAGGGGUGGCAAGAGUGCCCAGAGCCUCACCAGACACCCGUGCUUUGCAGCAUUAGGCUGCUGGCAGAGGUUGAGGGGAAGCGGUGGCCUCAAGGAGCAGAGCCUUCUCCCCAUGGGCACGGUGACCUCUGCAUUCCUGGCCAUCUCCAGCAGUAUUGGCUCUGGGGCCUUGAGCUCAUCCCACUUCCAGUGUCCCAACUCCAGACUGUUAAUCUGUAACUAAUGUGUUUUUUCUGAGAUUUUCAAACUGAUGUAUAUUUUAAGACCAGAAAUAAACUAUUUUAAAAGUA